UUACUCUGUGGGGAAGUACAGUAUAAUAUUAUUUCUCUCCCCGGGGAGAGCAUAACUGUCCUCCCAGGGGAGGAGGUAUGCUGGCUCCUGACUCAGUUGAGAAGGUAUGCUGGCUCCUGACUGUGUGGAGAGUCCGGCAAGGGAAGUCUUAAACGGGAGAAAAAUGUUAGAAUAUCUGAGUAUGGAAUAUUAAGAAUGCAAACAUUAAGUAUACAAACCAUUUUAACAUGGAAUUAACCCCCUUUCCCAUAGAAUUACUCUUGAAAUAUUGGAAAAGUCAGCACUGUACAGUGUGCCAUAAGGCAGGAAUCUUAAAAGGAGAAAUAGCUCACUUGUUCCUCAUGCUGGAAACUGUUUCAGUCCUAAUUAAGACAAUUGCUUUAAAAAGGCUGUAUAUUGAGGAUUUGUUGUGCAAGUUACAGUGUUGAAACACCAUAGUUUUGUUCUUGCAUGUAAUAAAAAACAUCAGAUCUCAGUGUAGCUAGCAGACACUGUCAGAAUUACAGAGCACCAUGCACAUCUCCGGGCCGCCACCGCAGCCUGCGUAAUGACUGUGUUUCUACAGAAGCAGGCAGUCCUCUGGCCCUGGCUGCUAAUGGCAGCACUUCAGGCGGGCCUUGGCCAAACUGGGCUUGUGUUGGCAGCAGCGGUGGAGACUGAACGUUCAGCACCCAAGGCUAUCAUUAAGGUGAUUCCCCGAAAGCUGGAUCCAACUGGGAAGUACAACUUGACUCUGGAAGGGGUAUUUGCUGGGCCUGCAGAUGUGACUUCAGCAGAUGGCAAGCUGUUGCAGUUUCACCCUCUAUCUCUGUGUAACACCAGUGAAGAAGAAGACCUUAAGGAGCAUGGAUUUGUCACCAUUGUCAAGUUGGAGAGCCCAGAUCGGGACCCUCACCCCUGCUUGUCAUUGCUUAACAAGGCAAGGUUGGCAAUGGAUAGAGGUGCUACGGCUGUCAUCUUUGAUAUUACUGAUGAUGACAAUGCGUUGGAACAGCUGAAUGUGAAUGUUGAGCGAUACCCACCUCACCCUGUGGUUCUAAUACAAGGCAAAGAUGCUGAGCUUUUGAUGGACGUUGUUAACAACAACCAGCAGGCCCAAGUAAAAAUUGAAAUGAAGAAGGAACCACCAAAGAAAGAUUAUGAUGUAGGCAUCGUCCUUACACUGGUUGCAGCUCUCACUCUGAUAAUCCUCAUCUUUACCUUCCGGGUCAAGUGCCGACAGAAUCAGAAUCAGGAUUCCAUGCAUCAACAGACUCUACGUGCUAUCAGCAGGCUGGCAACCCGGAAGUACAAGUCCCGCUGCAGGUCAGGAACUCAUAAGCAACAUGGUGGUCCUGAUUCUGGGAGCAGCUGUAGCUCUGCACCUACCUGUGCUGUCUGUCUGGAAGAAUUUGUUGAGGGUCAGGACCUGCGGAUUAUCUCGUGUCUCCAUGAGUUUCACAAACAGUGUGUUGACCCAUGGCUUAUUCUACAUCGGACCUGCCCACUUUGCAUGUACAACAUCAUGGAUGGAGCAUCUGUUGCACAGCAGUAUUCACACAGCAGAAGUGCACCCGACUCAGACCAGAGCCAUCAUGUCCAGCUUUUGCAGCCAUACCCUCAGCAUGCUUUCACUCCGAGACCUCACAAUGCAGCAGGAACAGGACUGUAUCACCAACGGAGUAGCAGACUUGCCACAACACUUCAGCCACCAGGAAUGUCAUACUUUCUGAACUCAGAAGUUUCUCAGAUAGAUUGUAAUACAAUAAGAUAUGUGCCUUGUAGACAGCUGGCUACCCCAAGUCAGUGUGGUCUUCACCGAAAUGAACAGCAGGGUAUUGUAUAUGGUCACCAGCAAAGCACUAAUCAUUACCGGAUGCCCAUGCGUUGGCCAGAGACAACUUUUCAUCAACGACCAUGUGGUUCUCAGCCCCUAACACCUGCUGUGAGACCAUGGAAUUUGCAGUCUACAAAAAUUCACAGACCAGGGGCUACUGCUGCUGUUUCCCAUGGGACUGGACCCAGCAGACAAGAUGAUGGUAGUUCAGGUGGUAGUUUUCGAACUGAACGUAGUGGAUACUUGCCUGAUGGUCCGGGCAGUGACUCUAGCUCUGGGCCUUGUCAUGGGUCUUCUAGUGAUUCUGUUCAGAACUGCACAGAUGUAAGUCUUCAAGGUGUUUAUGGCAGCUGGUCCACUUUCCGAAGCUCCUUAAGUAGUGAUUUUGACCCAUUUAUUUAUUGUGGCCCUGGACAGCCGCCAGCAGAGAACCAAGAAGGAUCAUAUAAAGGGCUCCGACCACGGUCUUUAGAUUCAAUAGUCAACAGGGAGGGGUCUGUACCAGACAGUCAAGUUUUCAGCCAUGUACAUUAUCACCAUCACAGGCACCAUCACUACAGAGGUAACCAGCAGAGCACAUCUGGUAUAGUGGACCACUGGUCUUUACAAAACUCUCAGGAGGAGAGCAGAUAUUCUGGGGCUAGGGAGGGUAUGUCUCAUAACAUAGACAAGGUUGCCCCACAGAAGCAAAGGACUACAAAAGGAAAACAGAACUGCACUCUGCCUUUGGACAAUAGGUAUGUCUCACAGUGUGUGUCACACUCAGGUAAGUCCCGUUGUUUGCAUCAUGGGCAUGACCUCCUGGAACCUACAUUUCAGGCAGGAGAAUCAUCUUUUGAGCAGAGUGGAUUGUGUAAUGCUCAAACUUCAGCACCUUGUUGCACAGAACAGCGGAACUGUAAUAGAAAGAAGCACCAUAGGAGAAAACGGAGUUCACAGCGAAUGCCUUCAGUGGAUUUUCUACAUAAAGAAUUUGACCAGCCUGAGGACUGCAAUAUUCAUGUACAUUAUGGGCCUAGUUCCAGCUACUGUUGUCUUCCUGAAAUGCAGCCCCUGGUACAAAGACCUUUAAUUCUGGACUCUGGUGCUACCAAAGAUUGCCCAUUGCAAUGUUGGCCAGGUCCUCUCAUGACCCAGGACCUGCAGAUGCAUCAUUUAGGGACAGAAACUCAGCUGCAGAGUAAUAGUCUGCCUCAGGCAGUGGAGUAUGGGCCAACAUUUCAAAGUGGUUUGUUGGGGUUACGUCCUUCAGACCAAGAAUGUUUCUGCUGCCGGACACAACACAAUCAUGGCUCAGAUGAUGGCACAGAGGAUGUGUGUGAGCAUACAGUUUAACCGUUAACUGUUCCACAGACUCUGGUGAGGCAGCAGCAUUACCUGGUUGUGUGAGAAACAGCAGCUGAAUAGCUCCAGUGUGCAUUGCAAGCAGCAGCUUAUCUAUCACCGUGCCUUUUCAGAAUAGCUGCCUGCCAAAAGAAAGAGGGAAUAACAGUGAUGUC